CCCCAGGCGAGGCCACUCCCCCACCUCCAGCCCCUGUCUGCGCGCCCUGGGCGCACGGAUGUGUGCGCGGAGCCUGGCCGCUGGGUGCAUGCAGCCGCCGACUCUGCCGCGCGCCCCGGCCCGCUCCUACUCUCUGUGAGCCCCUUCAAGGCUCCUCGGGGUCUGCGCACCGAGGGACCCUCAGAAGCUCGCUCAGGUGGCGGGGCGUGCGCAGCCGGGGCCGGGAACGCUCGCGCCGGGAGCAUGGACGGGGCCGGGGAGCGCAGCUUGGUGGAGCCGGACAGCCAGGGCUCGGCUGCCACCGGUGAGGACAUCGAGAUAGUGGUCAACGUGGGGGGCGUGCGGCAGGUGCUGUACGGAGACCUUCUCAGCCAGUAUCCGGAGACCCGGUUGGCGGAGCUCAUUAACUGCCUGGCAGGGGGCUACGACACCAUCUUCUCCCUGUGUGAUGAUUAUGAUCCAGGCAAGCGCGAGUUCUACUUCGACAGGGACCCGGACGCGUUCAAGUGUGUCAUCGAGGUGUACUAUUUCGGGGAGGUGCACAUGAAGAAGGGCAUCUGCCCCAUCUGCUUCAAGAACGAGAUGGAUUUUUGGAAGGUGGACCUCAAGUUCCUCGACGACUGUUGCAAAAGCCACCUGAGUGAGAAACGUGAAGAGCUGGAGGAGAUCGCGCGCCGCGUGCAGCUCAUCCUCGACGACCUGGGUGUGGACGCCGCCGAGGGCCGCUGGCGCCGCUGCCAGAAGUGUGUGUGGAAGUUCCUGGAGAAGCCUGAAUCCUCGUGCCCAGCACGCGUGGUGGCCGUGCUGUCCUUCCUGCUCAUCCUUGUGUCCUCGGUGGUCAUGUGCAUGGGGACCAUCCCGGAGCUGCAGGUGACGGAUGCGGAGGGCAACCGCAUUGAGCACCCGACCCUGGAGAACGUGGAGACGGCGUGCAUCGGUUGGUUCACGCUGGAGUACCUGUUGCGCCUUUUCUCCUCACCCAAUAAGCUGCACUUCGCGCUGUCCUUCAUGAACAUCGUGGAUGUGUUGGCCAUCCUGCCCUUCUACGUCAGCCUCACGCUCACACACCUGGGUGCCCGCAUGAUGGAGCUCACCAAUGUGCAGCAGGCGGUGCAGGCGCUGCGCAUCAUGCGCAUCGCGCGCAUCUUCAAGCUCGCUCGCCACUCCUCGGGGCUGCAGACCCUCACCUACGCUCUCAAGCGCAGCUUCAAGGAGCUGGGGCUGCUGCUCAUGUACCUAGCUGUGGGCAUCUUUGUUUUCUCUGCGCUGGGCUACACCAUGGAACAGAGCCACCCUGAGACCCUGUUCAAGAGCAUCCCCCAGUCCUUCUGGUGGGCCAUCAUCACUAUGACGACAGUGGGCUAUGGUGACAUCUACCCCAAGACCACUCUGGGCAAGCUCAACGCAGCCAUCAGCUUCCUGUGUGGGGUCAUCGCCAUUGCCCUGCCCAUCCACCCCAUCAUCAACAACUUCGUGAGGUACUACAACAAGCAGCGGGUGCUGGAAACCGCGGCCAAGCAUGAGCUGGAGCUCAUGGAACUCAACUCCAUUAGUGCAGGCGAUGGCAAACCGGGCGGCUCCCGCAGUGACCUGGAUACCCUGCCCCCAGAACCCACAGGGAGGGAGGCGCCAAGCUGGGGCAGCAGGCUGAAGCUCUCGCACAGCGACACCUUCAUCCCCCUGCUGACUGAGGAAAAGCACCACAGGACCAGGCUGCAGAGCUGCAAGUGACUGAGGGUACCUGGCCAGGACAGCUGGGCCAUGAGUAGGAACCGUGUGCUGGAGAAGGGCUGCCCAGUGUCCCCAGGCCUCCCCUGAACAGACCCCAGGGGCUCCUCUGCCAAGCAAGGCUGGGUAAGAGGGCGAGGCUGGGAAGGGAGGGUGCAGGGUCACAGGGCAGCGUGGAGCACAUGGAGUGGCCCAGCUGGUGGCAGGGGCUGGUGCCAGCUCUGUCUCUUUGAAUAAAGCCCCCGCUGCGUGCACCCUCUGUGUUGUGGGUUCUGUGUCACCAGGGCUGGCUGUCACCCUGACAGUGGCUCAGCCAUACCCCAGGGCCAGGCUUGGAGGUAGGUGGGCAGGCUGGGUGGAGGGGGAGCUAGUUUUAGUCUGAAGCUAAUUAAAAAGGGGCUCUGAGGUGGGCAGUGCAGAGCCAGUCUCCUGGCCACUUUCCUGGAGGUUCAGCAGGAGACAUCCACUUUCUGGGGUGAGCCUGGCUCCCACCAACCCGUCGGGUUGGAGCGAGAGGGAGAAGCCACAGAGCCCACAGAACAGUGAGGUCACCACUUAAUGGUUACCUGUGUGGGGUGUUUUGCACAACUUUUUGUCCUUUCCAGUGACCUUGCUAGAUAAGUGUCCCAUUUCACAGAUGGAGAUACUGAGGCCCAGGUCUCAGUCCUGAGUCUCUUCUUGGGAUGCUGGUUGCCUUCAGCCACAGGCUCUGUUUGGGCUCAUGAGGGGGCUUCAAGGAGAGGGGUUGAGGGUCCCUGUAACCCAGCCUACCCUUCUUUCCACCCCAGUUCCCAGGGGGAGACAGACAGACCUGAUUUGAGCUCAGGGUGUGAGGACAAGAUUGGAGGUAUAGGAGCUUAAGGGCUUUUCCUAAUGUAUCUCUUCCACUGUUCUGUUAGCUGUGUGGCCUCAGGCCUGUUGACUAGCUUCACUGACUGUCAUGACCUUAGAGAAUGGCAGUUUAGCACAGCAGCUGCCAUUUAGUAAGUGCUCAUUCGAGGGCAGCUGGCUCUUUCUCUGAGCUUGGGAGGAGGUAGCAGCCCUGGCAUCCACCUGAGCUUCCACAGAUCUUGGCUGGAUGGGCCAGAUUCCAGAUAGGAUAUUUUCACUAGCAAGUGGCAGUUGUCAGCUGGGGGGUCUUUGGAGGUGGAGGUCUUGGGGGAGGGCAGGGGUUAUCUCUGUGUGCUCCCUGGACUGUAGAUGGACAGAAACCAUGGCAGGUGUAGGAUGUCUGCACUCUUCCCGCUGUCUGGGGGGACUCUGAGCUCCUGUCACCUCUGUCUAUCCAGGAUAGGGCUGGAUUCUCUGGUCAUCAGAGGAGAGGUGAAGGCUUGGCAAAUGGGAACACAGCAGGAAGGGGGGCUCUGGGCUUUGGGGGUGCUGCUGCUGAAUGGGUGGGUACUUUUCUUUGUCCCCUUGGUCCUUAGAGCCCCUGGGAGCUGCCUGUGCUGGCCUGAGGGCUUGCAAAGAGAAGCCUCAGACAGGCAGGACAGGGAGGCUGGCAUCUGGGAUCUCACUUCUGGCUCCACAGCCAUCUUGAAGUUUGGAAACUGAGUCCCAGGAGGGAAGCCAUUGGUGUGAGAUCCCCCUGGGUUAGGAUUAGAUAGGACCCCAUCCUAGAGCUCAGUGGGGACAAAUGAGCCUUACAGAGCAAAUGGAGGAGCGACUGGGGGCUCUGGAGGUGGAGGGGCAGCGCUUGGUCUCUGGCAUCUUUCUGAAGUUCUAGCACUUAAACUUGGUUGUGCAUGAGAAGCCCCAGGGCAGCUUGGAGAACUCCUAGCAAUAGGUUGUGCCCCAUUCCUAUUAAAUUAGAAUCCCUGGGGCUGACACUAAGUGUAUACCCCGCAUUUUUGUUUUUACCUUUUAAGUGCACAUGAGUCACUGGAGUUCUGGUUAAAAUGUAGAUUUUGAAUCUAUGGAGUGGGGGGUGCCUUGUCAUUUUCCCUUCCCAGCAAGUGCUCCUGAGGGGCUGGCACUAGGUCGAGGAUGCCGAGGAGGAGUGGACAAGCUCCGGGUCCAAGGGCCACACUUGUCCCCCUUACCCCAACCUUCUGUCCAUCCCAUGAAUUAAGAGUGGUCUUUAUAUUUUUUAAUGGGUAGAAAAAUCUCAAAAAAAGAAUAACAUUUUGUGACCAGAAAAAAGUACGUAAAAUGCAAAUUUCUGUGUCUGCAAUAAAGUCUUGUUGGAAUAGA